AAUAUUUUUACAUAAAUAAAUAGCACUGAUGAGGAGAAGAAAAGUGGUAAUUGAAGAAGAACAGUAUACAAAAGAAGAUCAUGGUUACAUGCUGCAUAGAUUUUAGCAACAAAGAUUUGGAAAUAAGCUUCUUUGUUUUCAAGCCUACUGUAGUAAUUGUUGACCGUCUUAUUCAUGAAAUCAAACAAUUUUCCUCACGUGCUGAGAAUCUUGGUUGUGUACAAAGCUCAAUACUUAAGAGCAUCCAUGGAAAUAUGAUCAUAUGGUUUGGAGCAUGGCAAAAACGGUCUUAUGAUGAAAAGGAUAAAUUGACAGCUGACCUUCUAUCAAUUCUAAUACAUGUAACAAGAAUGGCUGUCUUGGUUGAACACUAUUUCCUCAAUGCAUAUGCUGGAGAAUCAAGAGAUGGUUCUUCAACUAUAAAUUUUAGUACAGGUGAUAUAAUCUCCAUGAACUCAAUACUCACAAAUAUCAAAGACCUUAAUGAUUUGUGCUAUGCAAUCCUUGCAAUAUUUAGGUCACGUUUUUCCCAAAUACAAGGUAAAAAUUCAGGCCUUUGCUUGAAAGGCCAAAAGUUACCUAAUGUUGUAUGCAUUCAUGUGUGGAAGUCACUACAGUUUUGUUACUCAUGGAUUCUAAAUCCAGAUUAUAGAAAUUGGAUGAUUCCAUAUCUUGAACGUUUCUCCAUUAACAUGAUGAAGUAUGAUAUUUUUCGAGUAGUAUAUGUUAGUGGUGACAAUAUAGUUAAUCUUCCUUAUGAUUAUAAUGUUCAUGAGAUGUUGGAAAAUGAAGAAGAGAGUAGACAUGGACAUGUUAUGCAGAACUGAGAAUAUCAUUUAUGCUACAAAGAUUUGUAUAUUGUUGUAUAUUUUUCUUGUUAAAUCGAUUUAUGGAUAUUGUGUUUGGAAUGGCUUCAAAUGGUACAUGUGGCUGAAGGUCUAAGAUGUAUUUCGUCCUAAUGUGACAUUGUGAAAUUACUAUUUUUUUUAUAAAUACAAGCUUAAUGGUUUACUUU